CGUGUCUCUCGUUCGUAAAUAAACUACCGGCGAAAUAAUUGUCACCAGUGUAGUCUUGAAGAGUCACCGAGUCAUCGCGAAACUAGUUAGCGAGCGAUUCAGAUCUUGUGGCAGAUUACCUUACGAGACGCCGUCAAAACUCAUGGAGCUGCUUCAAGCACAUGGAAUUGAAAAUUUUCACAUUUCGGGUGAGAAUAUAAAAUUUUGCUAAAUAUUCGUGCUAUACUCUUGCGAACUGCCCGUCCACACAUGGGGCGGUCAAUUCAAAAUAAUAAUUUACAUCCGAUACAACAGCAGUUUUCAAUGGGGUACAUUUUGCACUGGUAUGAACGAAAAUGAAACUGUCACUCGUGUUUAAAAUUAUUUUGGUGAUGGGUUGAAUGAAAUAUCGCCAUCCGACGAGCUUGAAAAACCCUCCGGAUCAAAGUCCUUUACUACAUUGAGAUAUUCCUGGUCAUUUUUUUUUAGCUGCAGUCAGGUAUAACGUGGUGCGUGCAGUGUUACAUCAGAGCGCGAGCCUUAUUUUAAGGACAGCCCUACGUUUAUGUUGUAUCAAAGUGUAAAUCUCUUAUAGUCUUUUAACCAAUGUCUGUGGCGAAAGAUUUUACUUAACAAAAUUAAUAUAUUGCAUCAACUUUGUCUCAACAAAGUUUUAAUGGUUAACAUGGCAAAAAAAACCGCGUAACUAAAAGGCAGAACACCUUUACACGGUACUCUUAAAUUGUGGCAUGGUAGUUAACAAAAAUUUGGUAAUUGUCGAAGUAGUUCUCAAGAUUUCUGAAGAAUUCUGACCUGAGGAAGGAAAUACGCCCCUCCAUCUCUUUCUCAAUGAAGCAAAGUUUAACAAAACACUUUCAGGUUUACAACAAUAGACCAUGUUCGUUUGAAACAAUUUCCAAACUCAUCUGGCAUUUGUUACUUAAGAGUAUGGAACGUAUUUCCAUUUGAACCGGAGAACAGUUUUCUACAAGUUCCUUAGAAGUUUGUAAUUAAUUAUUUCGGACAGAGGGUAUAACAGUAGUGUAUAUCAGUGUAGAAGUGCUGCUUGUGGGCGGUUUCUUUGCGUGUUCAGUUUUGUGAAAAGUUGGGAACAACACUAGCAGUUACAGAGGACGACGCGGCUGACGCAAUUCAGAAUGUUCUUACAUGAUAAUGUUUUAUUGAAUCUCAGUACAAUACAGAGCUACUUAUCACAGCCACACCUAGCUGAUUCAUAUUUGCGCUGUUGCCUCUUCGGUGCUCAUAUUUCAAUGUCCAAAGUUAAUGUGCUCACCUACUUUUAUCUUCAAUUCAACAGAGAAGAACAUGUCCGGGUUUGAUGAUGACGAAGACAGCGGUUUAAGCUCAUCUCCUUCCUCUCCCGGUGUAGCGGACAAUGAAAGCGAUCCACAGUUGUUUGGAUUUGAAAAUGAAUUGAGUUCGAAUCUUGUGGAUGCUCUCAACACGUGCCUCUUUGACGGCGAAUUUCCCAGUAAACUGUAUACUCACAUAAAGAUCAAAGAGGACGGCGACGAUGAGCCCUGGCAAAGCGUUGCCUUUCCGGGUCAGCUUAGACACGAUGUAGCUUCGCAAUCACUCGGUAAUUUAUCCAGUUUAUCGAGUGAUUUCUUUGAGGAACCUUUCAAGUUAUUGGACGAUUUAUUUGAGCCUUCAACUAGUGGAAAAGUCGACUAUGAACGGUCAGGAAAACUGCCGUAUCUCACUGAGGAUAGUUUGAAGGAACCAUGCCCUGAUUACUCGUCGAAUGAUACUACUGACACUAUUACGAACAUUGUCGAAGAGCCAGCGAUCGAAGUCGUUUGUUCUUCGGAAGAUAUUCGACGGAACUCACUUAAGCGCAAACUCAGAACUCGCAACAAAAUCAGUGUUAUCACUGAUCACAACUACGUGAAACCGUUAGAUGCAGCUGCUGAGGCUAACAGUGAGUUCGGUGAUGAUGAUAAGAUUACAGUGUCUGAAGAUACAGAAGCGGAAGAGGAAGAAGAUGAUGACGACGAGGAUUUUCAGCCAACUUGUUCAGCAAAGAAAUCACGCCGCGCCUCUCCAAACCCUAUCACGGGUAGAGACCAAAAGUACUGGGAACGAAGGAAAAGGAAUAAUUUGGCGGCAAAACGAUCACGCGAAGCUAAACGAGCCCGCGAAAUUGCGGUCGCCAAAAAGACUUCAACCCUAGAAAAAGAGAACAAUACUCUGAGAAGGCAGGUUCAGAGACUGAAAGCGGCAAUCUCUAAAGCUGAGAAAAAACUGCGCGCUAUGGUGUAACAAUGUUAGUCACUUUUAGAAGGAUAUAUGAGUAUAUUUUCUCCCAAUUUGCUCGUUACGUUGCGUUUUAUUAAAAGGAAAUUGCGUUCCAUAUUAGUUCAAUAUUCUUUCAGGAUGCAAAGAUUAGUUAUUCUCAGCGCUAUAGUUUAUGUAUUCAUCAUGAAAAAUUCAUUCUUAAUGCGUCAAGGAACGCUUGUCAUCUGUGAAACACUUGGUGUAGUAUUCAUGUUCAAAUGUAUCCUUCAAUCCUGUGUAAAUAUAUCGCGACUUUUGAACAGU